AUGUCCGGCCUACAGGCGGAGCAGCGGGGGCAGGAGCUGCGUGCGCCGGGGCCGUCGCCAUCGGAUCUCUUCGCGACUAGGGUCCUUGCCAUGGUCAAGGCUCAGAGACGAGAUGCUGAUCUUCCUGGUGGUGGUGACCUUCCAGCUUCUAUCCCUCGCCGCGGUCUGGAACCUUCGAGCCGACUCGUAUUCUGGCAAGUGGGCACUGAUAACGGGUUCAUUGUGAGUCAUUAUUUCCGUUCAUCUUUGUGGGGAGUGCGAGUUGAGGUGCUCGCUGAGGAGGAUGAUGUGGAUAUGUCAACCGCUGACGCGGCAGACUAUGCCAGGCUGUUAUUCCUGCUGGACCCGAAGCCCCUCGUCAAACUCAUUGGCGAGAUCAUGUGGCCGUUAGCUGGUGUCAUGCAUCCUUUGGUACUCUGCAUUGGCUCUUGGUGUCUGCACAGAACUGACAUGUGCCACUUCUCGAGCCGCGUCGAGGUGCUGAGUGGCGAACUCAUUGAGAGGUGCCUGCGCCCGCUCAAGACGAGCAAGGGCGAGAGAAAGCACAGCAGCGGCAAG